CGUCGCCGACGAUGGAUACCAAAAAGAAAAUCACAGCACCCCUUAUCUAUGCUGUUUCCAUUGCUGCCAUUGGAUCUCUCCAGUUUGGGUACAACACUGGUGUCAUCAAUGCUCCCGAGAAGAUCAUCCAGAGGUUCUUCAACACAACCUUGUCAGAACGGAGCGGGGAGGUUGUCUCCCCAGAGCUCCUCACCUCUCUGUGGUCCCUUUCUGUGGCCAUCUUCUCGGUAGGAGGUAUGAUCGGCUCCUUCUCAGUCAGCUUGUUCGUCAACAGAUUUGGCAGGAGGAACUCCAUGCUGCUGGUGAACAUCUUGGCCUUUGCUGGUGGCACUCUCAUGGCCUUCUCUAAGAUGGCAAAGGCGGUGGAGAUGCUGAUUAUCGGCCGCUUCAUUAUUGGCCUCUUCUGUGGUCUCUGCACUGGCUUUGUGCCCAUGUACAUCAGUGAGGUCUCGCCCACCAGCCUCCGUGGAGCCUUUGGCACCCUCAACCAGCUGGGCAUUGUCGUGGGCAUCCUGGUGGCCCAGAUUUUUGGCCUGGAAGGAAUCAUGGGGACUGAAGCACUUUGGCCACUGCUUUUGGGGUUCACGGUCCUCCCAGCAAUCCUGCAGUGCGUGGCUCUUCUUUUCUGCCCUGAGAGCCCUCGUUUCCUAUUGAUCAACAAGAUGGAGGAAGAGAAAGCGCAAGCAGUUCUCCAGAAGCUCCGUGGUACACAAGAUGUGUCUCAAGACAUCGUGGAGAUGAAAGAAGAGAGUGCUAAAAUGUCCCAGGAAAAGAAAGCAACCGUGCCAGAGCUCUUCCGUUCUCCAAACUACCGUCAAGCCAUUAUCAUUGCCAUCAUGCUGCAGCUCUCCCAACAGCUCUCGGGCAUCAAUGCUGUAUUCUAUUAUUCUACAGGGAUUUUUGAAAGAGCUGGUAUCACACAGCCUGUGUAUGCCACUAUUGGAGCUGGCGUGGUAAACACCGUCUUCACUGUUGUGUCGCUGUUCCUGGUGGAGCGUGCAGGGCGCAGGACCCUCCAUUUAGUUGGUUUGGGUGGCAUGGCUGUGUGUGCUGUUCUCAUGACCGUCGCUUUGGCCCUGAAGGACAUUGUGGAGUGGAUCAGAUACAUCAGCAUUGUGGCCACUUUUGGCUUCGUGGCUCUCUUUGAGAUUGGCCCUGGCCCUAUCCCCUGGUUCAUUGUGGCAGAACUCUUCAGCCAGGGCCCACGGCCUGCAGCCAUGGCAGUGGCUGGUUGUUCCAACUGGACCUCUAAUUUCUUGGUGGGAAUGCUCUUCCCCUAUGCAGAGAAACUAUGUGGCUCCUAUGUCUUCCUCAUCUUCCUUGUUUUCCUGGUCAUCUUCUUUGUCUUCACCUUCUUCAAAGUGCCAGAGACCAAGGGCAGGACUUUUGAAGACAUCUCCAGGGGCUUUGAAGGACGAGCAGAAGCCAGCCCCUCAUCACCUGUAGAGAAGAACCCCAUGGUGGAGCUGAACAGCAUACAACCUGACAAAGAAGUUGCCUAAGAUUCAUGACACACCCCUUCUUGGACUCUUACCUGCUUAAAGAGUCAUUAAAGGAAUGAGCAAAGAAAACUAUGAGAACUGGGACAUUUCCUCCCCCCCCAAUUGCUGCUAUUUUCUUCUUUGCACCCACAUACUCCCCCUUUCUGCCAGGCUUACCAGCAUUAAGCAAAUCUGAUAUGGGUGAUGCCGUUUUCAAGUACUGGAAGGCACCUGGCAUUUGCAAAAAUAAUCUCAUCUUCCCUGUCAUAAACAUCAGGAGAACAGAGAAGAGCUGGCAAUAUUUUUGCUUUUCUGCCCUAUAAUUGCUAUUUGGGGUUAAAAUAUUUCUGCACGCAGUGACCGUUCCGUAUUUGAAUCUAAUUACUAUUUUUGUAGUGAGUUGAAGUGACCCACUAAAGGAGUCCCCAGCCCUUUGAGUCUACUCUGUGUGUGUGUGCGGUGUUACACUGGAAUUUAACAAGCCUACCAAAAAGCCAUCUCCUUGCUUUUUCCUAUCCAGUGUGCACUUUUUUCAGCCUCAGGAAAAAGGGGACCAAGUUACAUGCAUAUUUUUUUCCUGCUCUUUUAAUUUUUUUGUAUAGACAGACUGAAAGCAUACUUUUACUUAAGUUUAUUUAUUUGUAUGUCACUUUGUAAAUAUUUAUUUUUUUAAUGGUGUACAAAAUUGUACAGAUAAUGAAAUUGAAGAUGUUUAAGAGACAUAGGUAUUCUAACAAAAGAUACUGUAGACUUGAGGUGCAAUAAGACUGUAAAGGAGGAACGUGCUACUAACUGGGCAUUUUGGAUGGUAUGUACAACGGAGCCAACUGUGCACAUCACCUUAAGUUAUUUGUGCCCUCUGGAAAGAAAUUCAAAGAAUUGCAUACUAGUGAGAAGAGGUAUGUUUGUUUGUCUACCCAUAUCUCUGUUUGGGAUUUUUUGGGUGGCAGUUUUAAAUAUUGUUCCCAAGUGUUGAUUGGAAAGCGUGGUAUUGGAGCAAAUGGGUGGUGUUAGUUUAUAUUUUCAGUCAUGGUUAAGCAUUGUAUGGGAUGAUGGAGGGUGGUGGUUGCAAACCAGAAGGUAACUUUUCCUGCCUUCUUUUUUUUUUUCUGUGGUUUCUCUGCUGUAUUCUAGAAGGUCAGAAAGUCUGAAAUUUGCAGAUUGUUACUUAAAGGUGUGCGAGGAUAAAAAAAUUAUUUUCCAAAGCUGUAUUUUCUUAGCAAUUGUUCUUACAAAUAUUACACAGAGGCAUGGUCAGUUACGGCAUGUGUAAGCUCAUAAAGGUAGAGAUGCAGGACUAGAGACCAGAGCAACUGGAACUUGCUAGCUUAGCAGUGUGAAAGGUCUGUAGUGCUCAGUCCACUGGUUGGUUGUAGGCCAAAUGUUUUUUGCCCCAUGUGUCCUCUCUGGAAGAUCUGCAUGGUGUUGUGAUGCUCACCAGUAUGCAGCGUGCUGUGUAGAUGUGUACAGCUCUGUAAUACAACCUCUGAUGAAAGGGAUAUGACAGGCAGUAGUUGUAAAUCAGUAAAUAUUGGUCUCCCCACUUGUCAUACUGCUAGGCAAUCCGUACUGCUACACCUCCCCUUGCUGCCAAGAUGGCUCAGUUCAGGAAGACAGAAA